GAUAUUCACAGUGCCGUCUCAUGGAUAACGAAUCUCGUAUGAAGAGAGACUCUGACGAAUUGAACGUCAUGCAGAUCGCGAGGUCGGAGAUCACCGAACGAAAACAGUGACUUCUUCCAUAUCGGUUCAAGGAGGUUCUUGGACUAGUUAAAGCCUCGUGUCGCAGUUGUAGUCUCAUCGAUAAAGAAACAUCUUGAUUUCGUGCAGUUAAUUGUUUUAUUAUAAAAAUAUAAAAUUCACGAACGGGAAUUCAUAUAUAUUGACGUGUUUUAGAACUUUUAUAAGCAAAAAAAUAUACACGAAAGAGAUUGUUUGCUGGAAAAUUAGUGGAGUAAUGCAGAUCAAAGAUAAACGAGUUAUAGUAACUGGAGCAGCAAGUGAUGUGGGUCUGGCAUUUAGUAGGGAGCUGCUGCGAAAUGGCGCUUUGAUGAUAGUUAUGAUCGAUAUAAAGCAAUGGAUUGGAGAACAAGCUGUAGAGAGUUUAAACAAUGAGUUUGGCCGCAAACGAACUGUAUUUCUUUGCUGUGACGUAACAAAUAAUUCCGAAUUUGACACCAAGUUGAAAGAGGCAAUCAACAUUCUCGGUGGACUGGACAUUUUAAUAAACAAUGCAGGCGUAAUAAAUGAAAUUGACUUUUCCAAAGCUAUCGAUGUUAAUGUUACAGCUGUGAUUCGAGGGACUCUUCUGGGGAUUCAACAAAUGCGAAAGGAUUCUGGUGGCAAGGGUGGUAUUAUCGUAAAUAUUUCGUCCAUUGCCGGAUUACGAGCUGUAUCUCAGCUUCCAGUAUAUUCUGCUACAAAACAUGCCGUAGUUAGUUUCAGCCGUUCUUUUGCGCAACCUUAUCAUUACGAAAGGACUAAUGUAAAAGUAAUUGUUCUGUGUCCCGAUUUAAUCGACAUUCCAGAAGAUAUAUCACAGAAUAUUUCAAACAUUAAUAGUUUGCAGAAUGAUCGACAUCAUAGGGUGGAGAGCAUUGCUCAUGGAUUGAUAUACGUAAUUCGAUGCGCACAGAACGGCAGUGUGUGGAUUAGCGAGGAUGGAAAACCGGUUUUUGAGGUGCAGCUUCCCGAUACUUUGCCGCAAAAAACUGAAGUCGAUGCACAGAACUACCAAUCGCAAUAUCGCGAAAUCCCACAUCGCUGCUUAUCGUAUAUAAAUACCAUUCGAAUGGUCUCGAAGUUCAGUCGAAACAUACAUAUUACCAGCACAAGCUCUCGAUUCUUCAGCUUUACGCCCAAAAACUUAAACCGGAAAUUAGUUCAUUUCUUCACAUCUCCAAAUAUCCAAAGCAGUUUCAUUCAUGGAGAAUACAAGCCAAGAUUGAGAAUGGUUCGUCGUCGUUCUUCAGCUUCCGAAAGAGCGAAAGAGAUAGAAGCGAUCAAUUGCAUUGUUUCUGGAAAAAAUGUUCUAAUAACUGGCGGUGCAGCAGGAUUGGGCUACGCCUUUCUUAAUCAUUUCUUGAAGCACGGAGCAAAGAAAAUAAUUAUAUUGGAUAUCGAUGCUGAAACUGGCAAACGAAUUGAGCUCGGUGUUGAAAAAUCUUGCGGCGAGAAGAAAGUACACUUUAUACAUACUGACGUAUCUAAUCAUAAACAUGUGACUGAAGCUUUUGAAGAAGCAUCAACGCUAUUAGGAAACAUUGACAUCGUGAUAAAUAACGCUGGCGUUUUAGAUGAACGAAGAUGGGAGAAGGAAAUCUCGGUCAACAUUGGAGGUAUGGUCAGCACCGCAAUGUUAGCUGUACAAUAUAUGAGCAGAGAUACGGGCGGUCACGGUGGUAUCUUGGUAAACGUGAGCCAGCAUGUGGAUAUUCGAAACACAGCUCAACUUCCGGUUUACACUGCCACGAAGCACGCUAUCAUCGGUCUAUCACAGUCUCUAUCGGAUCCUUAUCACUACGAAAAGACCGGUGUUACCGUGAUAACUUUGUGUCCAGGACUGACAGAGACUGCUUUAACAGUAGAUAGCCCUAAUAAACUUCUUUCCAGAGUCAUGAAGGCAGAUUUCGUUAAGAAUCUUGAACAGUUUCUGAUACAAACGCCUUACAUAGUUGCGCAGGGCCUGAUGACGAUAUUGAGGAUCGGUGAGUCUGGCAGUAUUUGGGUUAUCGAGAGCGGCAAAGCGCCUUAUGAGGUUUAUGUACCGAAUCCGCGUACUCUGCGUCGUCAUUAUAAGAAUAACUUCCCACACGUUGAUACUAAGGUCGCCGGAGGUCGCGCGAUAAGAGAAGUCUGCGACAGUACGAGGACAGGUUUGAUGAGCUGCGCCUGA